AUGUCCAAACUCAUCACUAUUUUUGGCGUCACUGGCUACCAGGGUGGCUCUGUCGUCAAGCACAUUCUUGAGGACCCCCAGCUUUCCAAGGAGUACAAGAUCCGGGGUAUCACCCGUGAUACCUCAAAGAAGUCCGCCAAGACCUGGCCAAGCAGGGUGUCGAGGUUGUGUCGGUAUGCCGACCUGAACUCCAUUGAUUCCUUGACAGCUGCCCUCACAGGCUCCCACACCGUGUUCCUCGUCACCAACUACUGGGAUACCGGCAACGGCGACAUAGAAUAUUCCCAGGGCAAGAACGUGACCGACGUGGCCAAGAAGGUCGGCGUUUCCUAUAUCCUCUUCUCGUCGCUCUACCAUGUCACCGAGGAGACCAAAGGCCGCCUAACCAAUGUCCCGCAUUUCGACAGCAAGGCGAACAUUGAGAAAUACAUCCGGGCUUCGGGGCUCAAGUGUACCUUCGUCCUGCCUGGCUACUAUAUGAGCAACUUUACUCAGAUGCUCAAAAAGGCGAAGGACGGCACCUACCAGCUGUUCUACCCCGUUGAUGGCAAGAAGGCCAAGCUCCCCCUGUUUGACGCCGCUCAUGAUACCGGCCUCUUCGUGAAGGCCGCUCUUAAGAUUGCUGAUAGCCUGCAGGGCAAGCGGGUUCUAGAGGCUGCCGACUACUACACGCCCGAGGAGAUCAUUGAGAUAUUCAGCAAAGUCACUGGUAAGAAGGCGGCAUUUAUUCAGGUUACUCCCGAGCAGUACAGAGCGUCCCUGCCCGAGGCUAUUGCGCUGGAGUACCUCGAGAACCAGGUUUUUGUCGAGGACCCUGGCUACUACCUCGGAGCGAGUCUCGAGCCUAGCCUAAAGCUUCUAGACGCUAAGCCUACUACCUGGGCUCAGUUCGUUGAGAAGAACGCCGCGGCUUGGCCCUAG